AAUCCUAUAUUUUAAUUCACGGAUUAAAAAAAACAAUAUACAAAAGAAAAUGAUCAAACCGGAAGUGAAAUUGUCUUCGCAAAGGAAAAAAAAAAUGAAGUCGCGUAUCAAAAUUUUCAUUCUCACAAUACCGAAAAGAUUUUUCAAAUAUUAAUCAGUAUAAUUAAUAGAAGAAAAUUUUGAAAAAUGUUUUUAAUAUUUUUUAAACUUAUUUCCUAAAAAAAAACUGUACAUUAUUUUGAUAAAAUAAUAAUAAAUAAUAAGACAAUUAACAGUUUUCGUCUGUGGAAUGGCCACUGACAGCGAUUUUGACAGUUGUGAAUUUGACAAAAUAAUGCGUCAUUUUUCAUCAGAAAAUGGCUUAACACAAUUUUCAUCUCAAGAUUCAUCGUCAUCAUUUUAUGAGAGAAACAAAAAAUGUAAUAACAAAAUAAAUAAAUACAAUUAUGAUCUUUUAUCAUCAACGAGCUCAAAAUCAGGAUCAGAAAUUCGAUUAAAAAAUCCAAUGAUCUAUCCCGAGAAUUUUGAAACUGAUGAUAAUUGCGGAGAUCAUUUAGGACGAUUUUCCAAACAUCAAUUUUGUCAUUCAUCACGACAUUCUGGAUCAGAAUCGAAAUAUGCAUCAAAUACUUUGACUGAUGGAAUAUCUCUUCUCUCUAUUUCAAAUGGUGAAGAUUCUUCAAGUGGCAUUGACAUUUCGGGUGAUCAUGCUCCAGGAACUUAUCGUUGUCUUCCUUCAAUUAUAUCGUCAACAAAUUCUUCACAUAAUUCAUUGGAUCAACAAUCAAUGCCAGUGAAGAAAAUUGAAAGACGUUGUAAAAUUAUCAGCGAUUUUUCAAGUUCUUUGGAGAGUAAAUCUUUUGAUGAUCUUCCAUCGUCGAGUUCAUAUAAAACGAAGAAUAUACAAAGAUGUUCAUUGAAUGGUUUUGGAAAUAUUGAAAGUUCAACGACAUCAUUUUCAACGACUAAUUUAUCGGGAAGACAAAAUGGAAUACUCAGUUCAAGACAAAUUGCUCAUGAGAAAUGGAUGCAAGAAAAGGAACAAAGAAUAAUUAAAUUAAAGGAAAAAAAACGUCAAGAGGAAAAAAUGAGACUCAAUGAAGAAGAAAGAAUUAAAAGAGAAAAAGAAGAAAAAGAACGUAGGGAUCAAGAAACAUUUAUCAAAUGGAUCGAAAGAAAGAAAAAUGAAGAGUCUGUUAAACAAGAAAUUUUGAGACGAGAAUUAGAACUUCAAAAACGACUUAAAGAUAUUGAGGAUAAGGCAGUUGUCGCAAAGACCAUUUAUCUUCGACAGUGGGCAAGGAAAAAGGAGGAAAAUCACAAAGCGGAACAAAAAAAACAGCAAUUAAAAGAACAACAGAAAGAUGAGGAGAAAAAGAAGAGAACAGAAGAAAGUAACAAGGCCUAUGGGGAGUGGCGAGAAAAAUCGAAAAUAAGACCAAAACCCGCAACUCAAGGUUUAUUACCCCAUCAAAAAGCAAAACCAGCAUUUGUGAAUCCAAAUCCUUGGCAGGACAUAAUUGAAAUCAAUGAGACGAAUAAGGAAUUAAUGGAAUCGAAACAAAAUGAAAUAAUAAAAUUGCAUAAAACUGAGAUUAAGAAAAAGGACAAAUAAUCGUAACGAUAUGAGAAAAUUCCAUACGAUUUAAUUGUAUUAAUUUUCUUAUUGAUUUGAAUAUUGAUAGUCAAAAACGAGGAAAUCGUUCCAUUUAAGAGAAAAUUGUUUCUUCGAUCUUUAACUACUCGUUAAUUAACGAGAGAAUUUAUUGAAACGAAAAGCAGAAAGUAAUUCAUUGCCAGGUAUGUUUCAUCGGCGAUUUUUUUAUCGAUAAAUUAUUUUUAGAUUUUGUUAAUUUGAUAAAUUAUCAAACAUUUUUUUUUUUUAUUAUUAAUUUUUCAAAAACUCUGAGAAUAAAGAAACGAUUUUGAUUAAUUUGGACGAAAUUCGAAAUUAGAAAAUUAAUUUUUCUUUAAGAAAGAGAAAAAUGAAUUUUUCAUUAAAGAUAAUUUUCGUUAGUUAAAUAAAUACAAAAAUUUUUUUUUUUUA